AUGUCUAAGGAAAAUUAUAAUCCAUCAAUUUAGGCUGAAUAAAUUGAUAUAAUUAGAAAAAAACCUAGUCUCAAUUGUCAGCCAGAAUAGAAUUACUAAAAUGAUCAGUAUUUCUUAUUUUUAUUAAAUAACUUCUCAUUUAGAAAUGAAUUAUAGAAUAUGAAAGCAUGCAAUUAAGAACCUAUUUUUUUUGAAGUCCCUAAAGUGGAAUAGAAACUUAGUUUAUAUGAUAUCAUAGUAGUAAAAUAAAUAGAAUCCAAACAAUUAGGCAAAUUGUAUACACUAUAUUUAUCAGUUAGAAUUCAUGCAUCUCAUUAAUUAGGAGGUGUAUUUUUAUUUAUUGUAAAUGCAGUUAAAAUACUUGGCUUAAAUAAAUUCACUGUUGUUUCAUUUACUAUAGCCAUCUUGAUCAUUAUAUCGUAACAAAUAAAUAUUUUACAAUGAGUUCUCUACUUUGGAUUUUUAGUGUUGCCAUCGGAACGAUUGGUAUCAAAAGACAAAAGUAUAAUUCCCUAAUCUUUUAUUUUUUGGGAAUAACUGUAUCAUUUUUCAUUGAAUUUUCAAGUACUAUUGUUAUUUUAGCAACAAAUCAUAUUGCCGAUCAUUAAUUAGGGAUCUAUAAUAAAAAUGUUGUAAUAAGGUUAAAGUAACAAAUAUCUCAUAGAAUAAUCAUAUUCAUGACACUUGAGUUUAUGGUAGUUCUCUAUUAGCUCUUGAUGCUUAGAUCUGUGGGUCAAAUCAGACAAUUAUUUAUUGACAUUGAAAGAUUAUAAACGGAGAAUCAAAGUAAUAAUGAUAUCGAAAUCUAAAAAAUGUUAUGA